AGUGUAUUGUAGUGGUCGCCAUCUUGUUGUUGAGACAAAAGUUGGAUGAGGGAGCUGCUGCUGCUGCUGCUGCUCCUCAUACUUUGUCCCUAAUGAGUAAUGCUCUGUGAAUCCCGUUCGGGACUUGGCUUAUGAAGAAUUGUUACUUAUCUUGAAAGGUACUGAGAGUCUUGUGAUAACCAGUACAUCAUUAGACAGGUAGACAUGGCUGCAGUUAGCACUGAGCAACAGCUUCGUUUCCGUUGGAAUGACCACAUGCAACAUGUGUCUAAGAUCCUUACACUACAGAGGUUGGAGGAACAUUUUUGUGAUGUCACACUGGUUACUGAAGAUGGUUUUGUUAUGAAAGCCCAUCAAGCUAUCUUAGCUUCCACCUCUGCAUAUUUUCAAAGAGUGCUGUCAGAAGUGACUUCAGAUCAAUAUCCAAUGAUAGUUCUACGAGGAGCCAGUUUCCGUGAAAUGAGCUGUCUGUUAGACUACAUGUACCAAGGGAACACCCAGGUGGAUCAUAGCCUCAUGGAGAGAGUAUUGGAAGUAGCAGAUAUGUUAGAGGUGAAAGGUUUAUCAAGAAUACGAUCCAAUAUAUCUAUAAAAAAAUUUAUGGGUACUGCUGCCUCUCCAAAUACUAACUCUAAAACAUCUCCACUAAAUGUGCCUUGCACGGAUAACCCAAGAGGUAGUACCAAAUCACCUGAGGACCAGUUUUACUGUGGAAACCAAGUAGAUACCAGAAUCACAGAUACAGAGAGCACACAAAUGAAGUUGACAAGCAGUGCAUGUGACAGUAGAGGAACCAGAGACACACAACACCUGCCAGGAGAUGGACCACCUAUUUCUCAUACACAACCUGUACUGCAUACCUCACAACAUGAAGUUGAACCUCAAGAUGAUGAUGAUAUGACUCAAACAUCAGGCAUUGACUUGUCAAUGGCUAAGAAUGAACCAUGGUCACCACGGGAAGGAGAUGCUCUGUCUGGUCAAAAAGAAGACAGUGGUGAUGAAUCUCCUUCAAAGAAGAAGAAGAAACAUCAAGAAAGCCUGUGUUCUGAGGAGAGACUUGAUCCAGUUUUAGACCCUGAUUGGGGACGCAUAGGGACCAAGCUGGAAGAAAGAACACGUCAUAAACCACGAACCAUCAGUCUUACCUCCAUAACCACGACAGACAAUGACCUGUGUCUCCUCCGACACAAAAGUCCACCCUCAAAGAAUGAAGAUACUGCAUUGCCAAGUCUUCCUUUGGUGGAAAAAACUCUUGAAGUUCCAUGUGAAGAUGGCCCACUAACAAUCAGCCUUACUACAGGACAGGAUCUUGAUGGAUGGAGAAGCAUAACAAAACGAAAACCUCUCUUUUGCACAUCUCUACCCUUGAAAAGAGCCAAACGAAAAUUCAAAGCCAGGCGUACUUUAGAUGAAGGUAGAAAAAAGUGGCUUGCAAAGGAGAGGAGGUCACUGUUUGGGUCAGAUUCUAAUGAAAGACCAAUAACUAGGGCCUUGGAGAGAUUGAAGAAAAAGACAGUUUCACCAGUUUUGGAAUCUAUGGAAAAAGUGAGUGUAAAUUGUGACCCUCCUUUCCCAACUGAUGAGGAAACAGCCAAAACCAAAAAAGAUAAAGAGAAUAUUUUAUCACUAAACUCUACACCAGAGGAAAAUACCAAAGUACAGAUGUCUGUAAAAUCUGUUGUCAAUGAAAACAAAGAGCCAAAUGUAUGGGAACUUGCAGAUAAAAGAAUUCCAGACAAUAAAUUCGAGGAGUCAUCUGAUAUGAAAUUUCCAGCAAUUAAUCCACUGUCAUUGUUUACCUUACCUCCAGUAAAAGAGAGAGAGAAACAGACAAGGACAACACUCACACUUGAGGAAAAGGUGAAAGUCAUUGAAGCAUUUUUGGAUGGUAAAUCACAGCGGCAGAUUGCUCACCUAUAUGGAAUUGGAAAAACUCAAGUUAGUGGUAUAAUUAAAAGAAGGGAAGAGAUACUUACCAUUUAUAGAGAUAGUCUUCUGCGUGGAGAAAAACUUACAAUGAAAAGACAGAGGAAAAGUGAAUAUGCUUUGCUGAACCAGCAUCUUAUACAGUGGUAUCGUCACAUGACGGUUGUAGCUGGGGUCAAAAUUACCACGGGUAUGUUGAGAGGAAAGGCACUUCAGAUUGCUCCAGAACUUGGAUACCAUGAUUUUAAAGCAUCUAAUGGUUGGCUUGCUACAUUUAAAUCUAAUAAUAAUCUAAAAUUUUCUAAACAAAGAAAAGCUGAAUCAUACAAUGAUCAAGGGAAUUCACAACAUGAUAAUCCCAGAGAUGAGGAGGAGACAUUCUUUGAAGAUGGUGAAACUGAUAACUCUUCUAGUCAUUUGCCCCUUACAAAGCACCUUGCAGGGCCAAGCAACAUUGCAGCCGGAGCUUCAAAUGAAGAUGGCAGCAACCCAGAUAUAACUAUAAACAGAGGCUCUCAAAGUGUUGAGUCUUCAUCAGUGAACCAAAGUGAUCAAGGAAGCUCAUUAAUUCACCCUGGCCUCUCUUCAACAGGAGUACCAAAACCACCUCAGAUGGUAAAUGCAUCUCUAGGGGUAAAUUUAAAUGCAGCUGCUGCAUAUAACUUAUCUCGUGACUUGACCCGGGAUCUCUCUAGAGGUGACUCAACAGGGGUUGGGGAUAUUUCUUCGGCAACAAUGAACUCUAGUCCCCUCAACCAUCCGGUAUCUGCCCUUAAUGUCAGCCGAUCUGUUAUUGACAACCCAUUAAGUAAGCCCUCUGAUACAGCUUUAGCUACUUACAAAUCAGAAGAACCAUUGACAUAUGGCUAUGAUCCACAGAAUCGUAUGAAUGAUGCAAGUAGCCGGGGAACGGAAUAUAAUUAUACUCCGUAUGGAUUUCCAGGUGGCUAUUAUGGCUAUCAUUUUCUUGGUCAGUAUUAAUAUUGUAGUAGCUAUAUCUGUUUCUCUAAUUACCUAUUGCAUAAAAACAGUAGAAACAGAUAGAUGCUAGGGUUAGCAAAAGUUGAGAAAUUAAACAGGAGACUAAAGAAUCAUGAUUUAUUAAAAGCAGCAGCAGAGUGAGACUUCUGUGAUAAUUUUUGGCAUUGAAUUAAAAAGAAAUAACAGGUUACAAAGAUAUUGAAGAGAAGCUAAUUAAAAGGCUCAUAAAAACAAUAGAAAGGUUUAACUUAACCAAACAGCACUUAAAGAUUAUAUUUAAUAGAAAACAAAAUGAACUGUUAAAAAAGGUCAAGAAUUAAUGGGACAAAACAAUACUGUUACUGCCAGGAAAGCCCUUUAUGGGAGAUGGAGGGGCCUUAAUACUAGUGAAAUGCUCUUGUUCCAGGGAACUGAAGGUACCCUCUUUAAGAUCAAACCAGAUUGCUCUCUAGUUCCCAUGCUAUACAACCCUUGCAGUUGUAGUGUUUCCCAGUGAAUAUAAUAAAUACUACAAUUCAUCUGUACAAUGAAGACAACUAAGAGCAAAGUGAAUAUAGAAAAACAUAAAAACUAAACAAGAAGAGCAGCAAGAAAGAGGGAAAUGUUUUCUUCCUGUUAAGUAAAAGAAGGCUCAGAGCACCUGGGAAAGGAAAAUUCAUCCCAUCAAACCGAAAAGUAAGAAAUAGAUAACAAAUUAAAAGACGUGACACCACAUUGAUAAAUAAAUUCACAAGGCUCUUACAUAAAUUAUAAAUAAGAUAGAACAUGAUAUCAUAAAUUUAGCAGAAAAUGAAUUAGAUUAAGAUAUGCUUAGCAAGAUAUUGCUCAAAAGCAGCAGCUUAGUUUGGACAAAUAUGUGGUAGAAAGGAGGUGGUGUAAUAGCUUGACAAUUUGCUUAAUCUGCAUCUGCACAAAACUCGCUGAAGAAUUAAUAUAACUAAGGCUUGGCAUAUGUUAAUUAAUUGCCACAAUUUUUUUUUAUAUAUACUUAAACAGGAUAAUAUAAAAGAGAAAUCUAGACAGACAUAGAAAAAACUAUUAGUUUUAUAAUUUUGGGGAUGUAUGCAUAACGGACAGGAAAAUAUAUUUUACCAAAAAUAGAGAUACCCAUAUAUGAAAUAGAUUAAAUUCCUUAAUAUUUUAUAUUGUAUACAACACUGCACUUGGGCCAGCUGGUCUGUUUUGUAAAUAACUAAAUUUGUGUGUGUAGCAUUUUUCUUUACUGAAUACAAUGUAUUACAAAGUGAAGGGGAUUUGAUUGAGAGGUACAAUGCUUUAUUUAUUUUUAAGGUGUAUGGAAAGCUACCAAAGUAUUUUUCUUAAGAUUUUCUGUGCUAAAUGCAGUUCUUAGAAAAAGUAAGAGAAAACAUUUAUGAAAAACCUGUGAAGGGAUUCAGAGAAAGUGGUUAGCCAGACUGGAGUCCUGGAGGUGGGAAGUACAUACAGUGCCAGCACUCUGAAAAAGUGGUGGGGAGGGCCAUCUGAAAAGUGAUGUCAGCAUGCUUCUGGUAAGACUGAAUGGGUGAUCGUGAGUGUUUCUUCUUUUUUGGGUUACCCUGCCUCGGUAGACAAUGACUGGUGUGUUAAAAAAAAUGGGUGGAUUAUUAUUAUUAGCAAUGAGUAGUUGGAAAAUUGAGACAAAGUUUGAGAGCAAAAAAGAGAUUGUACAUCAUUUUCAGACAAAUGGAAAAUACUGUUUGAGUACUGGUGUGGAGAGUCUAAUAUGAUUACUGAAGUAAUUUGAUUACAUAAAAUUCAGUGUUAAAUAUUUGUCUGCCAUUUAAUAUGCCAGUAUUUAUAGAUGGGGUUAUAAAAGCAAUAAAUAUUAGGUUUUUGGGAGAGAUGUGGGGAUUAAAAAAUAAUGAAUUCAAUGCAUAGUUAUCACAGUUGCUAUUUGCUAAUGACCCCAUUAUUUUGGGAGGUUCUUGAAAGAAGCUGCAAAGAAUGGUGGAGAAAUUUGGGUGUGUGUGUGUAAAAGAAGGAAAUUAAGAGUGAACAUAGAAAAAAGUAAGGUAAUGGGAAUUACAGAAAUUAUAGGUAAUGAGAGGAUAUUAGAUAGGGAGAUAGGGAGUUUAGAGGAGGUUAAUGGAUUGCGAUAUUUGGGGGUGGAUGUUGACAGACAAAUGUAUGAAAGAAGAGGGGUAACCAUAGAAUAGAAUAGAAUAGGGGGGAAAGGGUAGAUGGCAUGUUGAGGCAUCUGUGGAAAAAAAAGUUUAUCUACAGAGGCAAAAAAAGGGGGACCAAGAGUAUAGGAGUACCAACAAUUAAAUGGGUGUGAGGCUUGAGCAUUAAAUGUAACAACAAGAAAGAGGCUGGAGGCAGCAGAGAUGUCAUGUUUGAGAGAAAUUGUUAGUGUAAAUGUUUUGCAUAGAAUUCUGAGUGUUGCAGUUAGAAGAUGGAGAGGGGGUUAUGCAAAGUGUAAUUCAGAAGGCUGAGGAGGGAUUGUUGAUGUAGUUUGGGCACUAAGAUAGGAUGAAGCAGAACACAGUAACCAAGGGAAUGUAUAAAACUGGAUUGGUGUAGGGGUCGUUUAAGGGAGAGGUAAAAGAGGUUUUGGGCACUAGGGGCUUCAGCAUACAGCAAGCUUGUAUGAGCAUUUUGUAUCAGAGUGAAUGGGGACAAGUUGCUUCCAUGACUUGAGGUGCUAUUGGAGUGUGAACAAGGUAACAUUUAUGAAAGGAUUCAGGGAAACUGAAUUAUUCCUUUGACUUAUGAAGGGUUUCCAGAGUUUUCCUUCUCUCGUAGCUCGGCCUUGGGCCAGACUAGUUUGGUGCUGUUAACUGCUGGUGACCCGUUGGCUCGCAUAUCCAUCACAGCCAGGUUGAUCUGGCAUUUUGGCAGAGGUACUUUUCCAAUUUUUUCUUGAAAAUAUCUGCACAUGUUCUAGCACGUUUCUGAUAUUUUGUGGUAGAGUGUUAAACAGUCUGGGCUCUUAGAUGUUGUUGCAGUUUCUCUUAUUGUGCCCAUGGUGCCACGUAUUUUUCACUGGGUUUAUUUUAUACAUUCUCCCAUAUCUCACUAGUGUGUUAUGGCAGUGUGCAGAUUCGGGACAAGGCCCUUAAGCACCUUCCAUGUAUAUAUUUUCAUGUAUAUCUCCUCCACUAGUGAAUACAUAUUGAGGACUUUGAGACUUGGAGGUGGAAGGUACAAUACCUGCACUCAGGAGGAAGGGUGGAGAUGUUGCAACUUGGAGGGUCAUUUAAAUUGUGAUGCCUGCAUGUUUGUUUGACAAGCCAACUGUUGAAUGAGUGAUGAUGAAUGCUCCCUUUUUUUGGGUCACAACAACAAGUGUGUGUAAUAAUUGUUUACAAGAACCACUUGAAAAUUUUUACCAGGUCAAACCAUCUAUGUUUGCAUGUGUAAAUCAUAAAAAAGGAUCAAUUAAAUUAUAAUGUAUAGUGUAAUUAUACAGUACUAUCUCUAACAAUGGUACUACAGUGUACUUAGUUUGGCUGAUAUUUGAAUGGAAGAUAAGCACUAAACAGACAUAUAGAUUGGAGAAGCCUUUAUUAUCAAUGUUUUGCUUAAAUUUAUUGCUCUCAUUGAGCGAAGCUCAAUAUUUUUUUUGUCUACUGGCUGUUAUUUAACCACAAUUACUUUUUUAUAAAAAACUGAGUAUGAAUAUUUUUCUAAGUCCAAGAACUCCAGUGAUACAAGCAUAACACUUGUGCUUCAUAUGCAUAUUUUUGGGUUCCUCUCGGUGUGCCUUGGCCAUUUGCCCUGAUAACAUCAUGUCUAAGGCUCUCUAUGCUAUGGAGGGCCAUAGCUGAGAAAAUAGACCAAAGGAUGCCUUUAUGCAUAUGCCAUGUAAGCUUAAAUUUGUGUCUUCCCACACUUAGAAGUUGGGCCCACCCUUAGAACUGCAGCCCAUUUGUUGCUAAUGCACUUUGGUUGGUUUAAGGAGAUGAAAGGAAAAGUUUAGUGUGGAUUUGCCUAAAUCAGUUGGUUGGUUCCCAUUGACUAGGGUCAAGAAUGCAUCCUUUUGGUCAUGUGACUUCUAUAAGAACCUCUAAUAGUAAAUGUGUAUUGUAUAUAUCUCUGCUACCCCUGGAGUCUAGAAUUUCACCUUGUUGGACUCCAUAAUGGGUGAAGGGGGUGUAGAAAAGGUAAAUUUGAUGUGCCAAGCAGUUUUGUGUGUUUAGGGGCUUCCCCUUUCUUCUCGGUUUCUUUUCAUAACACUAAAUGAUUGGAAUUAAACCUGAAAAUGAUUCAGAUUACCACCAAGGAAACUGUUCUAGAAUUCCUAGACUGGAACAUUGGCCAUGGACCAGGCCUUGUCCAAAAUGCAAUUUGCUAUUACUUGUGAAACUCAACAGUCUCACAAGAUAUUAUUACUCCCACUCAGGCUAAUAACAGUAAUAUUGACAGGGCAAUGGAUGAUUUUAAACUUGCCUGUAUGCUCCUGACCUCAUUUAGGCAAGACAUUAUAUUCCAUACAUUCCAUAAAAGAGGUAUUCAUUGUCGACAUUCAUGAUACUUUUGAGGCUUUCCUCAAAUUUUGUGUUUUAUUACGUUAUACAUUGUAUCUAUUCAUUUCAUAAGACCACUCAUUCUUUUCUUUAGUAUAAGUAAGUAAAAUGUACAUCACAUGCAAUAUCCAGUUCGUAAGGAGAAACUCGUGUAAAUAUUUAGAGCACUGUUUAUGAGUCUUAAAAAAAAAAAAAGUGAAUAUUAUCUGCAGCAUUAAAGAGAAACCUCAAAGCCUGUUACAGACAAGUCUGUUGAUUAAAGAAAUAGCUCAUUAAGCUAAGUCUCUCAAUUUGUAAACAUUGUAAUUAAUUAUUGAGUGUCACCACAUAAAAGGAUAUUGUUCCAUAUUGGAAUAUCAUGUAUUUUACUUUUGAUAAAUUUUCUUUUAGGAAAAUUUAUACUUGAAGUAGCUUAGAGGAAUGCAACCUCACACCACAGGGUAAAUAUUGGUAUAUUUUAUUUAAUAGUUUUAAAGUGUUUUGCAAUUGAUGUUGAAUGUAAUACUGUAUACAUACAUAAAAAAAUUACUAUUGUUAAAGUAUCAACUGAUAUUUAGUAAAGACAUUGAUAAUUUAUGCAUAUAUGAAUUCAGUUUUGAAAGUGUUCUUUAGUGUAUUCAUGUCAUGUGUAUAUAAUUGUGUAUCUAAGUGUGAAUAAAAAUUGGAAUUGGAUAA